AUGUCAGAAAUUCCGGGUCUUAGUUAUACUGCCACAAACAAUGAAGAUGAAGAGCAUGAUGGCGAGUCUUUUAUAAACAUUCCCAGAACGAUACCUUCUACCAACACCAAUUAUAACAAUGCUUAUUUGAAAAGAUCUGAUGCCACAGAUAAAAAUGGCGGAGGUGAUGCAAAAGUAAGUGAGACGGCAUGGGGUGCCAACCGAAGCCAUAUAUUUAACUUUGAGCCUAGUACACCACCUGCACAAUCAGUUCGAGAGUUUGCCAAAACUCAUCCCGAACAAUUCUACUCUACUAUCGAAGACGAGGAUGAAGAAAAGGACGGCAACGAGCAGACGGGAGAGGACCGUCAAAAUGUGCAAGGCGAAAUGCGAGAGGACAUUCAAGAUAACUAUUAUAAUGAUCAUGAUGAUGAAGCUGAUGAUGCAGAUGAUGCUGAGAACGAUGAUGAGUUUGAUUCCUUCGCUGAAAGCAAGGGGGACUCAGAGAUACAUGGGACGGAUCACUACGGUAAAUUAGAGACACAUCCCAAGACAGAUAACCAGGACACUCUGUGGACCGAAAUCGAUGCCUUGGAUGACGUUAAAAAUUUAGCGCAAACAAUAGAUCUCUAUGAAGGGUUUCCAUUGGGCUUUGAAGAUCAACUGCAAAAGAUCAGAGAAUCGCAUGCACAAGUGCUACGUGCUAUGAGGGACAGAAACGCAAGAAUUGAGGAAGAGAAACGACAUGAGAUUACUAGCAAAUCAGAUUCACAGAAUUCCGGGGGACUACCGAAUGCUAAUGCAAAUACCAGCAUGAGUCGUGUUGCCAGCAAUGCAACUGGCAAGCCUGAUAGAAACAUUAAGCAUGACACUUCAGGACCAACCGUACUUCCCGACGAGGACAAGUAUAUUCAGGAGAUGAUUGAUUCUAUCAAGGCUCUGCGAACUUCGUGA